CAUCAUACCACAUAUCAUCACACACCAUACCACAUCGACGACUUGAGCGCGUGCGUGCGUGCCCUGAUCGAGCACCGAUUGCCAUGGACUCGACGACGACGACAGCGCCGCUGCUGCAGCCGGCCGCCGCCGCCUCGAGCAAGGAGGAGCCGGCACCGGCGUCCCCGCACGGCGCGGGCAGCUGGGAGCUGGAGGCGGUCCUGGCCGACGCGUCGUCGCCGGUCUUGCGGCGGGCCUGGGAAGGCGCCCGCCUGGAGCUGCCGCUGCUGCUGCGUGUGGCGCUGCCGGCGGUGGGCGUCUACGUGAUCAACUUCGUCAUGUCCAUGUCCACGCAGAUCUUCUGCGGGCAGCUCGGCAACCUGGAGCUCGCCGCCGCGUCGCUCGGCAACACCGGCAUCCAGUCCCUCGCCUACGGCCUCAUGCUGGGGAUGGGCAGCGCGGUGGAGACGCUGUGCGGGCAGGCGUACGGCGCGCACAAGCACGGCAUGCUGGGGGUGUACCUGCAGCGGUCGACGGUGCUGCUGAUGGCCACCGCCGUGCCUCUGACCGUGGUGUACGCCUUCUCGGCGCGCAUCCUGGUGCUCCUGGGCGAGUCGGAGCGCAUCUCCAGGGCCGCCGCCGUGUUCGUGUACGGGCUCAUCCCGCAGAUCUUCGCGUACGCGGCCAACUUCCCCAUCCAGAAGUUCCUGCAGGCGCAGAGCAUCGUGGCGCCCAGCGCCUACAUCUCCGUGGCCACGCUGGGGCUCCACCUGGGCCUCAGCUGGCUCGCCGUCUACCGGCUGGGCCUGGGCCUGCUGGGCGGCUCGCUCGUGCUCAGCUUCAGCUGGUUCGUCAUCGUCGCGGCCCAGUUCGCGUACAUCGUCACCAGCCCCCGGUGCAGGGACACGUGGACCGGGUUCACAAUGCAGGCCUUCUCCGGCCUCGGCACCUUCUUCAAGCUCUCCGCCGCGUCCGCCGUCAUGCUGUGCCUCGAGACAUGGUACUACCAGAUCAUCGUGCUCAUCGCCGGCCUGCUCAAGAACCCGGAGAUCUCGCUCGACUCCCUCUCCAUAUGCAUGACCGUGAACGCAUGGGUGUUUAUGAUCUCCGUGGGCUUCAACGCCGCGGCGAGCGUGCGGGUCGGGAACGAGCUCGGCGCGGGCAACCCGAGGGCGGCGUCGUUCUCGGUGCUGGUGGUGACGUCGCUGUCGUUCGCCGUGUCGGCGGUGUGCGCCGUCGCCGUGCUCUGCCUCCGCGACCAGCUGAGCUACCUGUUCACGGGCGGCGAGGCCGUGGCUCGCGCCGUGUCCGACCUCUGCCCGCUCCUCGCCCUCACGCUCGUCCUCAACGGCGUGCAGCCAGUGCUCUCAGGCGUCGCCGUGGGCUGCGGGUGGCAGGCCUUCGUGGCGUACGUGAACGUCGGCUGCUACUACGUCGUCGGCGUGCCGCUCGGCGUCUUCCUCGGCUUCUACCUCGACCUCGGCGCCAAGGGCAUUUGGAGCGGCAUGGUCAUCGGGGGAACCAUGAUGCAGACGCUCAUCCUGCUCUGGGUCACCUUCAGAACAGACUGGACCAAGGAGGUGGAGAACGCCAGGGCGAGGCUGGACAAGUGGGACGACAAGAAGCAGCCCCUCCUAGCCUAGAAGAAGACUGAUUGAAGGUCACUGUAGCGCGCGCUGAUGGACCUUUUUUUGGCGAUGAUUGAGAGACCACACCAGGCGCGCGUCGGAGGGGAUGCAACGCAACGCAACGCAAUCAUUUGGGUUUUGAAGCUAUUUAAUAUUAUCGCAUUAUAGAGUGUGCGCGUGCAGUUUCGAGUGAUUAAAGUUUUGUUACGCUUUCUUCGGUGUCAGCUCCAACUUAGGGCGACUAGAUGCGACCAUCACACCAGGGUUUGGACCGUGGUGGGUGGAUUCUAUUCGUUUUUUUUUAAGCACAAAUAUGUCUAGGGCGAAGGAAAAAAAUGUAGUGUGCAAUUAUUGUUUCUUGAGCUCU